AUGCCUGUCUGGCUCCGCAGCCUGGCCAGAUAUGAUUGCUAUGACCCUGAGGAGCCAAGAGAGGAUGAAACGGAAGAUGAUGAUGAUGAUGUAGAAGGAGAAGAUGAGGGAAUGUUGUCAUGUAGUGAGACAGAAGAUGAGGAGAGUCCUUACUCAAGCAGCAGGGCGGCACAGUUAGCUGCCCGUCUGCGUGCCACGGCACAGAUGCCUGAGGAUGAAACGGAAGAUGAUGAUGAUGAUGUAGAAGGAGAAGAUGAGGGAAUGUUGUCAUGUAGUGAGACAGAAGAUGAGGAGAGUCCUUACUCAAGCAGCAGGGCGGCACAGUUAGCUGCCCGUCUGCGUGCCACGGCACAGCACUUCCUCAGACACAUGGGCCGCAUCCUGGCUGUCACACUACUAGCACUAGCUGGAAUCACUUUACCCUCUGCAUUCUCUGCCUUCUACUUCCUUCUCUUUAUUGGAGUGUGCACAUGGUGGGCUUGCCACUUUCCCAUCAGCCAUCUGGGAUUUAAUACAUUGUGCGUGAUGGUGGCUUUCUUCACAGGGGGACACCUGGUGUGUCUUUACCUGUAUCAGAGCUCAUUUGCACAAGACAUGUUCUCCCCAGCAGGCCUGUGGGCCAGACUGUUUGGCCUGAAGGCGAUAAUAAAGCCUGGAAACUGCUCUUCUUUUGACAUCAACAUCAACACGCAACAUGACUGGCCGGUGUACGUCAAUCCUGGCAUUCUUUUCCUCUUGUACAUCUCUGUGACUAUUGUGCUGAAAAUCAACAGUUACAGUCUUGGCCACACAGACAAGACCGAUGAGGGUGGAGCAGUUAAAGCAGUACAGGGUGAGGCUGGAGAGGAAGUGGAGCUCAGGCAUUGGGAGGCAAGUAGACAUAGUAAUGAAGAUGACACUAAGCAAACACUUCUCACCACGGGAGAGUCACCUCUGUCUGAAUCACAGAUGUCUAAAGAACCUGUGACCAAUGGUUCAAGCCAACAUGACAUAGGGCCCAGUGGAGAGGCCGCAGCCGAUAAUCCUCUUCGCCUGGUGGGACGAAUGAUCUUGCAACAAAGUUACAUUUGUGCCCUCAUAGCCAUGAUGGUGUGGAGUAUAACAUACCAUAGUUGGCUGACGUUUGUGCUGCUGCUGUGGUCAUGCUUGAUCUGGAUGCUGCGGGCACGUCAACGCUUUGCCACUCUUUGCUCUCCCUUCAUUCUGUUGUAUGGUUUCACUCUUUGCUGUCUGCAGUAUGUGUGGGCCAUGGACCUAGAAACGGAACUGCCCCAGCACAUUGGAACCAUGAGCCUGCGCCAGCUGGGUUUGGACCGAGCACAGUACCCCUGUUUGCGUUUAGGAGCCAUGCUGCUGUUCACGUUGACAUUUUGGCUUUUGCUGAGACAGUCUGUAAAGGACAUGUUCAGCAGGAAGAAGAGAAUAACUGCACCAUUGCAGGAGGUCACCACUGGAGAGAGCACAGGUCGAAAUGAGUCGAUUUUGAAGGUGUUUGGUGGGCUGGUGAUGAGUCUGUAUGCUAAGUACUGGAUCUACGUGUGUGGAGGCAUGUUCAUCAUGGUCAGCUUUGCAGGAAAGCUUGUAGCCUACAAGAUCGUCUACAUGCUGCUAUUUCUGCUCUGCCUGUGCCUAUAUCAGGUGUACUAUUCUCUCUGGAGGAGGUUGCUGAAGGCCUUCUGGUGGAUGGUGGUGGCCUACACCAUGGUGGUGCUCAUUGCUAUUUACACCUUUCAGUUUGAGGACUUUCCAGGCUAUUGGGGAAACUUCACUGGAUUCACAGAACAACAGUUGACUGACAUGGGACUGGAGACGUUUAAACUAUCUGAGCUCUUCACCAGUAUUGUGAUCCCAGGCUUCUUCCUGUUGGCCUGUAUUCUACAGCUUCACUACUUCCAUAAACCCUUUAUGAAGAUCACAGAUCUGGAGAAUGUCACGCCCAUCCACAGGAAGAGAGGUAUAGAGAAUCCAGAUUUGGUUCGGCCCACAGAGGAAGUAAGAUUUGAGGAGGAAGAUCUCAUUACAGAGCAGGGUGAUGAUCCAUCAGAGGUCGACGAGGUGAUACCCAGCAAGUGGGGACUGGUGAUGGACAGAGUAAUGGUUCUGUCUAGGAAGUUCUCUGACACCUUAACCCAUGUCCAGAGUUUCAUUUGGAGAGUAUUAGAGCUGCACAUCGUCAAAAUUGUGGCUUAUUUUGUCGUCUGGGUGGCGCUAUUGGAGCCAUCUGCAAUGAACUUGGUCCUGGUGGUGCUGUGGAGUUUUGCCAUGCCUUACGGCCGUUUCAGAGCAAUGGCCUCCUGUCUCUCCACCAUCUGGGUUUGUGUCAUCAUCGUCUGCAAGAUGCUGUACCAGCUCAGUGUCGUCAACACUGCAGAGUACUCCAACAACUGCACCGUGCCAAUGGUCAAUGAAACCAGUCUAGAACUGGAUGAAGUGCUGAACUCCACCCUGUAUAAAGCACCUGUGGACCCAGCCAACUGGUUUGGUGUUAGGAAAGAUGCUACUAUACUUGGUUACACCAAGGAUCAUCUGCUGGUCCUGAUGCUGCUGGUGUUUGAGGCAACAGUGUACCGGCACCAGAUUCAUCACUACAGACAACAGCAGCGCUCACCUCCCCCAAUUCCAGUCAUCUUUCCCCAGGCCACCCGUGACACGCUGGACAAGGGUCUCCUUCCCUGCAUCAAAUACCUGCUCAACUACAGCUUCUACAAGUUUGGCCUUGAAAUCUGCUUUCUCAUGACUGUGAAUGUUAUUGGCCAGCGUAUGAACUUCCUGGUUAUUAUCCACGGCUGUUGGUUGGUGGCCAUCAUGGUGCAGCGGCGCAGAGCAGCCAUUGCCAAGAUCUGGUCAAAGUACUGCCUGUUUCUGGUGGUCUUCAUGAUAUACCAGUAUGUUCUGUGUGUGGGCAUCCCUCCUGCCCUCUGUAUAGAUUACCCUUGGAGAUGGAGAACCUCUGUAACUAUCCAUUCAGCUCUGGUUAAAUGGAUCUACUUACCUGACUUCUACACCAUCCCCAACUCUAGGAACCUCAUAUCGGACUUCCUUCUGCUGAUGUGUGCCUCCCAGCAGUGGGCUGUGUUUGAAAAUGAGAAAAAGGAAGAAUGGAUGGUCAUGGGAGGUGAGAACAAAGACAACCCUGACCCCAUGGAGGAUAUGCCCUUCAACCCAGCCCCAAACUUCAUCAAUUGCAGGUCCUAUCUGGACAUGGCAAAGGUCCUGGUGUUUCGGUACAUGUUCUGGUUUGUGCUGUCGGUGUUGUUUGUGACCGGUGCCACUCGGAUCAGUGUGUUUGGUUUGGGGUAUCUUAUGGCCUGUUUCUUCUUCCUGCUGUUCGGCACACGUCUGUUGAUCAAGCCAUCACGUACACGUCUGGUCCUCUGGGACUGUCUGAUCAUAUACAAUGUGGCUGUGAUCAUUUCCAAGAACCUCCUGUCUAUCCUGGCCUGUGUAUUUGUGUUGGAGAUGCAGAAGAACUUCUGCUGGGUAAUUCAGCUCUUCAGUCUGGUGUGCACAGUCAAAGGCUACUAUGACCACUCCAAGGAACAGAAGAAGGAGAGACUAUUAUCAAAGUCCAAACAGUGGCAGUAUCCUUGGAUGGACCAUGCGACUGUGUUGCAUUCUGGGGAAUACUACAUGUUUGAGUCUGACAGCGGAGAGGAAGAUGAAUCCUUUCAGGAGGAACAGAAACCUCGUCAACAGACUGCCUUUCAGCUGGCAUACCAGGCUUGGGUCACCAGUGCAAAAGAAGCUCUGACAGACCGUCAGCAGAGGCAGAGAGAGCAGAGAGCGGAAGCAAAGAAGCAACAAACCUCUCAGGCUACAGAUGACACUGAGGAGGGUGAAGCAGUUUUUGAUGGGAAAGAAGGGGAGGAGAUGCAAGAGGAAGGAGAUGAUGUGGCAUCUCAAGCCACUGGCAGUGAUAUAGUGCAGAGGAUUCUGGACAUACUGAAGUUCCUGUGGGUGCUUUUCCUGGCCAUGGUGGACGGAUUCACUAUGUGGCUUAAUUUGCUCACCAAGCAGUAUGUAGACACUUCUAUGGUCCUCUCUGAGGAGCGCUACCUCUUCAUUCACAACAUCAGCCAGAGACCCUCCAGAGAGCCCAUGGAUGAUCAGAUAUCACAGGACAGUGAGAAUCUCACUGUUGAGACAUGUCUCGAUGAAAUGGACACUGACAAUGUUCGCUUCAACAGUAACGUCAAUGUGGUUGAGUUGGAGACACUGGGUGGUUUUCCAAAGUCCCGUGACUUCAGCAGCACAACUCUAUCCUCUGAACUCACAUUAGAGCUUGAUACAGAACCUUUUUACAGCCAACGCACCCUCCGCCCUCGACGCUCCAGAACUGCAAGUGAACUGCUUUCAGAAAGGCCAUUCAGUGUUGAGGAGUUGAUACAGAGUGGUGAAUUCUACUCGUCUCAGAACCGACUGCUGAAGCUGCUCUUUGCGCUCUAUAAUGUUCUGGCGGCCCACUCUGAGCUGGUCUGUUAUUUCAUUAUCGUGCUCAAUAACCUGGUGACAGCCUCUGUCAUCUCACUGGUGCUGCCAAUUCUCGUCUUUCUCUGGGCAAUGCUGUCUGUGCCACGACCUUCCAAGAGGUUCUGGAUGACGGCCAUCAUCUAUACAGAGGUCAUGGUGGUGGUCAAAUACCUGUUUCAGUUUGGCUUCUUCCCGUGGAAUACUGAAUAUGAGCUGAAGUUAAAUGAGGACAAGCCGUUCUUCCCUCCACGCAUCCUGGGCCUGGAGAAAACGGACAACUACAUCCGUUAUGAUUUGCUCCAGCUAUUGGUCCUCUUUUUUCACCGGUCACUUCUCCAGCGUUAUGGUCUCUGGGACCAAGAGGGCCCUCUGGAAGAGAAGAGCAAUCUUUCAUCUGCGGAGAAGAACGAGAAUGAAAGAGACGAGAAAGUCUUUCAACUCUCAGAUGAAGAGGACAGCCGAGCACAGCCAGAGCCCGACACGGAGGUGCUGUCAAUGACACCAUCGACAGAAACACCGACCGAUGCUGAAAUACAGACUGACCCAGAGCCCAACAUACAAACAGAUACCACAGAAAACCUUGAUGCAGUGAAGGCAGAUGGAAAGAAAAAGAGUCGUUUCCUUCGCUUCCGCAAGAAAAAACUGUCCGAUAAAGACAAUGGACAGAAGGAACCCAAGAAGAAGAAGAAGUCAAAGAAAUGCAGCAAGGACACCAGUAAAAAAAUAUUGAAUGCUAUUGGAGGAAAACUCAAAGGACUUUUCUUAUCCAUGGUGAAGAAUGUCUACACGCCAACCUGUGGAUUCUUCCAGAACAUCCUUCAUGCAGAAUAUCGGGCAGCUACUGAUGUCUACGCUCUUAUGUUUCUUACUGAUGUGGUGGAUUUUAUCAUCAUCGUGUUCGGUUUCUGGGCUUUUGGAAAACACUCGGCAGCAGCAGAUAUAGCCUCCUCCCUGUCUGAGGACCAGGUCCCCGAGGCGUUUCUAGUCAUGCUCCUCAUUCAGUUCAGCACCAUGAUCAUUGACCGUGCACUUUACUUGCGGAAGAGCAUCUUGGGAAAGCUCAUCUUCCAGGUUAUACUGGUUUUCGGUAUCCACCUGUGGAUGUUCUUCAUCCUUCCUGCUGUCACUGAGAGGAUGUUCAAUCAUAAUUCAGUGGCCCAGCUCUGGUAUUUUUUCAAGUGCAUCUACUUCACUUUGUCAGCGUAUCAGAUCCGUUGUGGCUACCCUACACGAAUCCUUGGAAACUUCCUGACGAAGAAAUUCAAUCACCUCAAUCUCUUCCUUUUCCAAGGUUUCCGCCUGGUUCCUUUUUUAGUUGAGCUUCGAGCAGUAAUGGACUGGGUUUGGACAGAUACGACACUGUCUCUCUCCAACUGGAUGUGUGUGGAGGAUAUCUAUGCUAAUAUCUUCAUCAUUAAAUGCAGCCGAGAGACAGAAAAGAAAUAUCCCCAACCAAAAGGGCAAAAGAAAAAGAAGAUUGUCAAAUAUGGAAUGGGCGGCCUUAUCAUUCUGUUCCUCAUUUGCAUCAUUUGGUUCCCACUACUCUUCAUUUCACUAGUUAAAUCCGUAGUGGGUGUGGUUAACCAUCCUGUUGAUGUUACUGUCACAGUCAGGCUUGGUGGUUAUGAGCCUUUAUUUACAAUGAGUGUGCAGCAGCAGUCCAUCCAGCCUUUCGCGGAGCAGGACUACAAUCAUCUUGCCAAUCUGUUUGGAAAAAAUGCUGUGGCCAUGCAGUUUAUUACCAUGUACAGCUAUGAAGACAUAGUCACAGCCAACAUUGAGGGCAGCUCAGGGUCAGUGUGGCGGAUCAGCCCACCGAGCAGACAGGAGCUAAUAAAGGAACUGCUUGGCAGCACAGGUGACAUGACCCUCCGUCUUGAUUGGAACUUCCAAAGGGACCUGGGGAAAGGUGGGACAGUGGAACAUACUUUUGACAAGCACUCCAUAAGUUUGUCACCGAAGAACCCAGUCAGAGCGGACCUGGCCUCGCUGCUUUUAGGCACCCGGAAGGAUCCUGUACAUGUGCCGCACAUGUUUCCUAACUACAUCAGAGCACCUACUGGAGCUGAAGCAAAACCAGUUAGCCAGCUUUAUGACGGUGAUGAGGAGGGAUAUCAAGAUGUGACUUUGUCACUGAUGAGAGAAGCCUCUGUGAAUACCACUGGAGCUCAAGAGUGGUGGGACAUCAGCAUUGCGGACUGCAGGGAGUCCUGUGGUGUUCUACCUAUGGUCGUCUUUAACGACAAAGUUAGCCCUCCAAGUUUGGGCUUUCUAGCAGGAUAUGGGAUCAUGGGUCUUUACGUGUCGGUGGUUCUGGUCAUUGGCAAGUUUGUGCGAGGCUUUUUCAGCGAGAUCUCUCACUCCAUCAUGUUUGAAGAACUGCCAUGUGUGGACCGCAUCCUCAAACUAUGCAUGGACAUUUUCCUGGUGCGGGAAACCGGAGAACUGGAGCUGGAGGAAGAGAUUUACUCCAAACUCAUCUUCCUCUAUCGCUCUCCAGAGACCAUGAUCAAGUGGACUAGAGAAAAGAAUGAAGACUGAAACUGUUUUGUAGCUGGUGCAGCAUCAUGAUGUCCACUUCGGCCUCAAGGCCAGCUAGAACCAGUGGUGCUUUACUGCUCUUGUGAGCUUGUAUAAGUUGGAUGAUUCAAUGUCUCAUGAACAAUGAGUCUAUAGCCAUUUAUCCAAUGCUACGGAUGUUGUUGGCUUCUUUGCACUCAGAGGUUGGAUAACUGGGGUCAGGUUAAGCCUCUGCGUUAUUCUGCCUGGACUGUGUUUAGUUUUGUCAGCAAGCUUGAAAAUCAGCCUCUCUCGGAGGGACUCAAUGUGAGUGGUUCAGACGCUAACCCAGUGUCCAAUUGACCAGUGGGCGCAGAAUGGUAGGACCUUCAAAGUGCAAAUCCAAACACUAUUAGAGUGAAUCUCGCAAAACCAUGUCUGGGUUAUACUUCAUCCCAAAAUAACAGGAAAUUAUAUUUUAGGACUAUUCACUCAAAUUAAAUUUCUGUCAUCAUUUACUCACCUU